GACGGAAGUAUGAACAGAUAAAUGAUGCGAUGAAAUGAAAUGAUGGCUAGAAAAGAAUAUUAUAAUAAACUAUUUAUUAUCUAGAAUAUGAGUAUUUAUGCUUGAACUUAAAGGAAUAACUAUUCGACACACACUCUUCUUCAUGUAUCAUUAUGAUAAAUCUAACUGCUUUUUCUUAGCUUUUAUAGGAGUUGAAUAUACAUUCGGUAACAGUUCUUUUGAAGCAAUACCAGUAUUAUCACUAACAUUAGCGAUGCUCAAAAAGAAGUCGUCAUCUUCUUUUGCAAUCUUUCCUUUUAAGAUAAUAUCUUAUAUUCUGGUAUGGAAAGGUUGUCGGUUUGUUUGGCUAUGUGAAAGCGUCUCCUGCCUUAUACACAAAACUCACGUUACCGUUUAACUUUAGUUACGC